AUGAAGAACAAUAAUGAGGAAAAUGAAAGUAAUAAUUCUAUGAAUAAUAUAAAUUAUAAUAAUUUAUCAAAGAAUUUAACAGAAAAGGAAUUAUAUGAUGUACUAAAUUCAUUAAAAGAAUGUCCUUCAAAAGAAGAUCUUAGAAAUAUAUGGACGCACACACUUGGUAUUGCAAAAGAAGGUUUGGAUAAUAUAUAUCAACAGUUAAAGGCAUCAAUACAAAACUAUUUAGAUAAUGAUUUUCUUAGUAGGAUUGAACACUCAAGUCAUGAGGUGUUUGUAUAUAAAUAUAGAUUGGAAGGACAUAUUUCAAGAAUAUUUCAAGCAGUAACAAAUGAAGAGGUAGAAUACACUAGACAUUUUUAUACGUUAAUUAAUAAUAAACAUACACUUGAUGAUAUAUUAAAAUUUCUGUAUUCAUUCUUAGAACAUUUCAAAACAUUAAAAAAACAAUUACAUAAACAUCACCAAAAGGAACUUUUAGCUGAUGUUGAACAAGAUCGUAAUACAAAGUAA